CCUCCUGAGUAGCAAGGAUGAUAGGUAUGAGCCACUGGUGCCCUGCCAGAGGUGGAUUCUCAAUGCAGUGCUUGCAUUCCUGUGCUUCGCACACAGGGGCAGGAUGGCCUGUAAACGCAUCACGCAGGACACUUUCGACGCGGCAGUGCGGGAGAACGUGGAGGAGUUCAGCAUGGACCCUGAGGAGGCCGUGAAAGAGGCUGUGGAGCAAUUUGAGUCCCAGGGGGUGGACCUGAGCACCAUCAUCAAGACUGCACUGAAAACCCCAGCAGACGGAGCCAUGGAGCCCACGCACGGCGUCCUGCAGGCCCUGGAGGCCCUGCAGGAGUCCAUGACCAGCUCCUGUCCCCAGGACCUGGGAGCCCGCCUUGCCAACUUCCGCCAGCAAUGCCUGCAGCACAAAGCCUGCCGCUUCCUGGCCGCCCAGAAGGGGGCCUACCCUGUGCUCCUGGCUGCCUGCAAGCUGGCCUCUGCCCGCGGCCCCGACCUCCUGCUCCAGGCCCUGCACGCCCUGGUGGCGCUGAUCGAAGGCCAGCCUGACCUGCUGGACGCCCAGGGCCUGCAGCUGCUGGUGGCCACGCUGGCGGGGAACGCGGACUCCACGGACCUGACCUGCACCGGGAUCCGCUGCGUGCGCCUGGCCUGCCUGAAGCACGAGGAGAACCGUAAGGACCUGGUGAAGGCUGGCGUGCUGCCCCUGCUCACCGGGGCCAUCGCCCGCCACGCCCGCCACGCCGACGUGGUCCGCGAGGCCUGCUGGGCACUGCGCGUCAUGACGUUUGACGACGACGUCCGGGCGCUCUUUGGCCAGGCCCACGACCACGCCAAGAAGAUUGUGCAGGAAAACAGAGGCCUGAAGGUGCUCAUCGAGGCCACCAAGGCGUUUCCAGACAACCCUGGCGUCCUGAGCGAGCUGUGCAGCACCUUGUCCCGCCUGGCCGUGCGCAACGAGUUCUGCCAGGAGGUGGUGGACCUGGGUGGCCUCGACGUGCUGGUGACCCUGCUGGCCAGCUGCAGCGACCAUCAGGACCUGGUGAAGCAGGUGCUCAGCGCCCUGCGGGCCAUCGCGGGCAACGACGACGUGAAGGACGCCAUCGUCCGCGCCGGCGGCCCCGAGUGCAUCGUGGCCGCCAUGACCCAGCACCUGGCCAGCCCCCAGGUGUGCGAGCAGAGCUGUGCCGCACUGUGCGUCCUGGCCCUGCGGAAGCCGGAGAACAGCCAGGCCAUCAUGGAGCACGGCGGGGCCCUGGCAGUGCUGCAGGCCAUGCAGGCGCACCCACAGGAGAAGCAGGCCUGCAUGCUGAUCCGCAACCUGGUGUCCCGGAGCCCGGCCUUCUCCAAGCCCCUCCUGGAGCAGGGGGCUGAGGCACUCAUCGCACAGGCCAGGGCCGCCCACCCCGACUGCGAGGACGUGGCCAAGGCCGCACUGCGUGACCUGGGCUGCCGCGUCGAGCUCCAGGAGCUGUGGACAGGCCAGAAGGGCAGCUUGGUGCUGUGACCCAGACUCAGCCUCUGCCUGACCUUGGAUGCAUCAUGAAACUUGGGGCCGAGGCAGGGAUGGGGGCCCUGUCCCUCCUGCCCCCUCCACCUGCGCCCCUCAGCCAGCGGGGCCUUCUGGAUCCCCGGUACAGAGAGACCAGCGGCCCCGGGGUCCCCACAGCUGGCCGAGCCGGCCCCCCUCCUGCCCCUUUCCUCACCUCUGCAGGCUGCGAGGCCGCCCCCACCAGACUUGGUGGGGCCGGGGUCUGUGGCCCACCAUGUCCCCCGCCUGGGGCCACAUGGAGGUGCCCCUGGGAAUAAAGAACCUCACGCUGA